UUCUGCCACACUCAACAUGGCGGCGGCGGCGCCCUGCCGAGGCGCCUGAGCGGGUCGGGAGCGUCGCGUGACACUCCAGUCAUGGCGGCCCCGGGACAGGCCGUGGGUAGCAGGGCUCAGGAGACAUGCAGUCUGGAUCGGAUUUUGGAGGCACUGAAGCUGCUGCUGAGCCCGGGAGGAUCAGGCUCAAGUUCACUACAGGUCACAAAACACGAUGUCUUGUUGGCUACUUUAAAAUCUAACCUGUCUGCUUUGGAGGACAAGUUUCUGAAGGAUCCUCAGUGGAAGAAUCUGAAACUCCUAAGAGAUGAAAUUGCUGGUAAGGCAGAAUGGCCACAAAACUCUGUGGAUGUCACUUGGAUUUUUACCUCUCAAACCUUGUUGUUGCUUUUGUGCUUGAAGGAAACCAUGCUCCUCCUUGCAGCUAAUUUCAAUCCAGGUAAACCCAACCCUAGGACUCCGGAAGUUGCUCCUGUCCUGAGUCCCGAUGCACUUAGUAUCUCACAGCAGAAGACUGUCCAGUUCGUUUUGCAGUUUGUAGUCACCUUGGGUAUUUGCCCCUAUCUCAUGCCUGGUGUUGGAGUCCCUUUGAGAUAUAGAACUGAGUUUGGUGCCGUCGUUCAAGACGUGGUGUGUCUCGAUGCUGCCCCUGAUGCAACUCGAAGACUGUACACCAGCUGCAGGGCCCUUCUAAACGUUGCUCAGCACACAUCUCUGGGAAGCUUGAUAUUCUGCCACCAUUUUGGGGAUAUUGCAGCAGGCCUGUGCCAACUGGGAUUCUGCCCAACCAAAAGAAAACUGCUAACACCUGCAGAAGAGGUUCUUACUGAAGAGGAAAGAACCCUAUCCAGGGGGGCCUUGAGAGACAUGUUGGAUCAAGUCUAUCAGCCCUUAGCAGUCCGGGAACUGCUUAUCCUCCAGGGAGGACCACCCCAGUCCUGCACAGAUGUGAAGACACAGCUGAGGUGUCGGGCCCCAGCUUGGCUUCGGCGUCUAUGUGGACAGCUGCUCUCUGAAAGGUUAAUGAGGCCUAAUGGUGUUCAGGCAGUAGUCCGGGGCAUUUUGGAAGGAGCAGGUGCAGGGGCAGCUGGUGGAAGUGAUGCUGAGGCGAUGGCUGCUGACUGGAAGAAGUGUGACCUGAUCGCAAAGAUUUUGGCCUCUUGUCCCCAGCAGUCUCUUUCACCAGAGAGUUACUACAGGGACAUCUGCCCCCAGGUUCUGGAUUUAUUUCACUUUCAGGAUAAAUUGACAGCACGACAAUUUCAGAGAGUUGCCACCACUACCUUUAUAACUUUGUCAAGAGAACGCCCACAAUUGGCAGCAAAGUAUUUGCUCCAGCCAGUGUUAGCUCCUCUUCAUCGAUGUUUGAGUACAGCAGAGAUUCCAGAGAGUGACAUGAUACCAGGAACUAUUUUGGUGACAGAAGAAGAACUUAGUAGAUGCAUUGAGGAUGUGUUUAAGGUGUACGUGGUUGGGAAUGAACCUUUAACAGUUUUGAUGGAUUCUCUGCUUCCUGUCCUGGGAGUGCUUUUUCUUCUCUACUGUUUUACUAAGCAGAGUGUAUCUCACAUAAGGUCACUUUGCCAAGAAAUCUUAUUAUGGAUUCUGGGGAAGCUAGAAAGGAAGAAGGCAAUUGCCAGCCUGAAAGGAUUUGCAGGGUUGGACAAAGCUGUGCCCUCUCUCCAUUCUCUGUGUCAGUUUAGAGCUGCCACUCAUGGUGGCAUUAUGAUUGCCAUCAAAGAGGCCAUUAGUGAUGAAGAUGAAGAUGAAGCCCUGUACCAGAAGGUAUCCUCAGAGCAGGGCCGGGUGGAGCAUCUCGGGGACUUGCUGUCCCACUGCCAGGAAUGCGGUUUGGCAGGAGACUUCUUCAUCUUCUGUUUGAAAGAGUUGACUCACGUGGCCACGGAAGAUGAAACAGAGUUAAAAACUGAGCCCUUCUCCAGCAAGAGCCUCUUGGAAUUAGAGCAAUAUCAGACUCUUCUUGUGGAAGGCCAAGAGCAGAAGCUGCUUGUCCUGCAGCUGAUGGCUGUUCUGUGCGAGAGAAUGUCUGAGCAGAUAUUCACAAACAUCACUCAGGUGGUGGACUUUGUAGUAGCAACAAUGCAGAGAGCCUGUGCAAGCUUGGCCCAUCAGGCAGAGAGCACCGUGGAAUCACAGACGCUGAGCAUGUCUAUGGGGCUGGUGGCUGUCAUGCUGGGAGGAGCUGUUCAGUUGAAGUCAAGUGAUUUUGCUGUUCUGAAGCAGUUGCUGCCUCUGUUGGAGAAGAUAUCCAACACAUACCCUGAUCCUGUCAUCCAAGAACUCGCUGUUGAUCUCCGCAUCACCAUCUCUACCCAUGGAGCCUUUGCCACUGAGGCCAUCAGCACGGCUGCCCAAAGUACACUGAACAGAAAAGAUCCGGAAGGGAAAAUAGAAGAGCAGCAACAAACCAGUCGUGAAAGACCCACUGAUGUAGCUCAUAGCCACCUUGAACAACAGCAGAGCCAUGAGAUAGCCCCCCAGACAGGCCUGCAGUCAAAUGCUCCAAUCAUUCCUCAGGGAGUCAAUGAGCCCAGCACUACUACAAGCCAGAAAUCUGGAAGCAUAACCACAGAACAGCUCCAAGAGGUUCUUUUAUCAACUUAUGACCCUCAAAUUCCAACACGGGCUGCUGCCCUGCGUACUCUUUCCCGCUGGAUAGAGCAGAGAGAAGCAAAAGCCCUUGAGAUGCAAGAGAAGCUUCUCAAGAUAUUCUUGGAAAACAUGGAACAUGAAGACACUUUUGUAUAUCUAUCUGCAAUUCAGGGUAAGUCAGUCCUGGUUAAAGGACUUUGAGUCUGUGGACCAAAGACUGUAUCAUGUUUAUUUGCACAAAAUCCCUAAAGUCCUAGGGCCAUGAGACUACGGGUCAUUUUAUCCAUCUUCCUGCCUCCUAGCUAGGACACUUUAAGUCAUAAUAAUAAUACUCCU